UAUGUUCACUGCAGACCUGUCACACUUUAACACACGAUGGAUUAAAGUCGCGAAAGCUCAUCUGGUGUUUGGGAAGAAAAAAGUUACGGGAGAUGCUGCUGGCAGUGCGCGUUCAUGUGACUCCCGUGUCCGUCAGAUGAGAGAUGCGAGACGGACUUCGCUGUUUGCACAGAGAUCUCGUUUCACUUUCCAAUGAUGUGUCGGAGUUAUUCAAGCUGUGAGAAGAGUUCAUCCAAACAAUGAAAGCCCAUUCAAUCAAUCAAAACGGUUUCAUUUUCAAGUUAGAUCAAUUUCAUGGUAACAUCUGAACCAUCAUGUAACCACAUUCCCCCAAUUCUUUAUUAUAACAACAGCGAGAAAAGUGGCUGUUAAUCUUUCAGAAAUGACAGAAAAUAUUUACGAGUCCAGUCAGUUUACUAACCACACCAAUGGGAACUAUUUGUUCCAGCAUAGCCCGACUGCACCUCACUACAGUGUACCUAACGUACUUCACUCGUCUCCGAUGUCUCCGUGCCUCAAUCACGAGCAUUUGGCAUCUCCCAUCACUCCUGGAAAUGAGCUUUCUCCAUUGCUCGACAUGCCAAACAGUGCUGGGACAUGGGAUUACAAUCAGUAUGGAAGGGGAUCGUCAUGGGGGUCUUCUCAGGACGAACCGUCCGAGAGCGGCGGCGUGUCCCGUAUACACCCUUUCAACAUCAUGUGUCAGAACGAUUCCUCCAAAGACGGCUGCGGAGCUGUUCUUCCUCAAAGGUUGGACUCGUUCUCCAAGGCAUUCCCCUCCAAGAACAUUCAUCUUCUCUUUGAAGACAACGACAACAGGACUGUUGAUAAAACCUCAGGAGAUAAUCACAUUUCCAGGGGUUUGACGUUACGGCAAAGCGACACGUACACCGAGGGGUCUGAAAGACAAUCUUUGGGGUCUCCUGUUUUUAAUCCGAUGGCUUUUCAGGGUCAAACGCAAACAAUGGACGAGUUUCACUUAUCAGAUCAAAACCCACUGCACGGUCUUUAUCAAACCCCUCAGCAUUUUCAAUACGGAUGCCAGCAACACAAACAGACUCACGCAGACUCACAGGCUACCCGAGGUCUUCAUAAGCCACAGAGCCCAUGGCUUCACCAGCACGCCUAUCAAAGUCAUCUACCGCCGUUCCCCAUCAACAUAAACCAACAACAACAGCACCAUUUACAACCCAGAGCAACGUUUGCGCAUAAAACUCACCUGGACUGUCAGGAGGUCCACGAAUCCACUCGAUCUCCAACCUACAGGCAAGACUUCAGAGACCAGCAAAACUUCCAGGGUGGUCACAGUUUGAGUCUUCAUUCACCUCACUACCAAGACCAGCAAUAUAUUCAUCCGUUUUCUCAUCCGAGCGGCAUCUACCAGCACCAGCAAUCUCAAGGGCACGUUCAGCCCAUACCUGUAAAGCAAAGCGAUGUGUUUCACGACGGCCAUUUGCAGUCGUACGACAAACACUCUGCACCCAACACACCCGUGUUUUCAAAUCCUAAAGACGACACCCGAUCUAGCUUUAACUUCAACACAAAAAGAAGUGAAGAUAUCUGCCUUCCUCAUUUUUCAAACAAGAGUUCAGGAGUUUCACAAUCUAAUACAUUUCCACAUCUGCCCUCGCAUGCAUCGCAGUGGUCACAGGCAUCUUCACCAGAUAUUCAGAGUGAAACCAUUAUACAUUACAGGGCAGAAAAUGGGCCGGCGAGAGCGGAAGGGUCGCAGGCUCGAAUGAAAUGCACCGUCUGUCAGAGGGAAUUCAAAAGUCUUCCAGCCCUGAAUGGACACAUGCGAUCCCACGGAGGAUUUCGGACAAACUCCGCGUCUCUUAAAGCGAAAGAGGGACAGCUCCAUCUGUCGGGUGAUGUUUUUCAAAGCAACCCAAUCAUCUUACCUGUGUCAGUUCCUGUGAAGAAUUACCAGACCCCCUCCAAACUUCCCCUCGGUCCUCAGUGUCAUCAGAAAGAUGGCGACCGGAGCCCACAGUCGCCCCUCCCACCUGUGCGAAACCAGCCUUCCUGUAUAAAGAGGACUGUCUCAGAUGGAGAAUGUGGAUCUAAACAUGGUAAACAGAGAUACCGUCAGUGUUUGGUCCCUCUGAUGAUUCCUCCACCCGGCACCGUCCAGGCGUCCAGAGGAGCGGUUCUCUUCAGAAGUCUGCUGAGGACACCCGGCAGCAGGGGGGAUGAUGUACCGUACACCCCACCGCCCAUGCUCAGUCCUGUCCGCCCGGGCUCGGGUCUUUUCAGUGCUGUGUGCGCCGGAACAGAGUCUGACUCUACUGCGCUCCACUGUUCAACAAGUGAUCCAGACAAGUGUGCUCUAACUUCAGGCAAGAAAGUCAUAAAUGUAACACCUCACAUUAAUAUCGGUGAAGAAUUUCAAGCCAAAAUCCCAGAAAUCAGUCAGUCCCUCAUAGAGGAGGAUACCCAUAAUGCAUUUCUCCUGUGGAUGCCCAUCAAUAACCUGGACACCCCUGAUAACCAGCAGAAAGUGGACAACCUGUUAAAAAUGGCUUGUUCUAGUGUCCUGCCGGGAGGGGGAACAAACACUGAAUAUGUCCUACAUUGUCUUUUUGAGUGCAGAGGGGAUCUAAUGAACACCCUUGAGAAACUUCUCUUAUCCUGGAGAAACACAUCCGGCCCUAAACCAGACUAUCAUUACGGAGGUUCUGAUACGUGGAGUCCUCAAGAGAAGCGACUUCUGAAUAAAGCACUUUUAACACAUAACAAGGACUUCUAUCUCAUUCAGAAAGUGGUCAAGACGAAGACUGUGGCUCAGUGUGUCGAGUACUACUACACAUGUAAAAAACAGUCGCGUUUGGGUACAAGAAUUAGUUCAGCUUUGAUUACACCCGUUCACGACCAGCCGGGUGACUGGACCGUAAACCUCACCACAGGAACAGAUAGAGAAACCAAGAGCACAGACAACUCCCACACAUCUCUGUUUGUCUGUGAAGUAUCUCAAACAAACGGAAAAACGUGGAACCAGAACAAUCCUGGCCUACUCUGUAGCUCUCCAGCAGAACACAGAACAUCCACGCUGACUCCUUUGGGUUCUGCUUCCGUACGAAGUUCGCCUUCCAACAGCACCACCAGUGGAGAUACGGAUUUGGCUGUUGUAUUUCCCUGCACGGAGUGCGGAAAGGUGUUUUUUAAGGUCAAGAGUCGAAAUGCCCACAUGAAGACACACCGACAGCAAGACGACACACAUUUGUGGCAGUUUCCCCGGGUCCCCGAGCAAAAUAAUGGGAUGGCGUCAUCCGUCUGUCCUGUUACGCAACUAAAACAACCCACAAGUCUUUAUUCCGCUGACAGUGUCACAGAUGCAAACACAUUCUCUUUAAAUGACGUGGAGUCUAUGCAGGAUUACUCUCUAAAGACGGCCCUGCAAAGUCAGUUGGACUUUGUUCCGAGUUAGUCCUCGAGAUGACACAGAUUUACACACAUAACAGACUUGUGUACCAUUGAUAUACUGAAAAACCUUUUGAUGUUUAAAUCUCUUAUGAAAUCUUGUAUAUUGUACAAACAUUUUAUUUUAAAUAAACCUACAAGUUCAACA